UUAGAACAAAUGUCGUCGUCGUUGUCGUGCAGCAAAAUCCGAUACAUUGUACGGAUUCGUCAGAUGCUCCGGCGGUGGCGGAAGAAGGCGUCCCGCAGGACGGCGCCGGUGGACGUGCCGUCGGGACACGUGGCGGUGGCGGUCGGGUCGAACCGGAGGCGGUUCGUGGUACGGACGGCUUACCUGAACCACCCAAUCUUCAAAAAGCUAUUGGUCCAGGCGGAGGAGGAGUACGGGUUCACCAACACCGGUCUGCUGGCGAUCCCCUGCGACGAGUCCCUCUUCGAGAACCUUCUCCGGUUCCUCGCCCUCGCCGCGGCGCCCCGGACAGCGACCUUCGAGGACUUCCAGAGAUUCUGCUGCCACGGCGGCGCCGGCGCCGGAAUUGAGCUCUGCACUGAAUCGUGGCCGCUUUUGUACGGAAUCACCGGAAAGACUGUGUACUGAACCGAACCGGUCGAGUUAAGGGCAAUUGGGUAAUUUGAUUAUUAGGUAGAAAGAAACCCAAUUGAUCGAUGAUGUAAAUGAAAUUGGGAAUCCAUUUUUAAUGA